AUGGCGGACGCUCAAUUCGACAGUGCGCUCGACCUUCUCCGGCGUCUCAACCCCCGCGAUACCAAGCAGAACCUGCAAGCUAUUACAUGCAUAGUGCCAGACCUGACCGAGGACCUCCUAUCCUCCGUUGACCAGCCUCUCGAAAUCCGUCGAUGCGCCAGGACCAACCGUGACUACCUGCUCUGUGAUUAUAACCGCGAUGGUGACAGCUACAGGUCCCCCUGGAGCAACGAGUUCGAUCCUCCACUUGAUGAUGGCACCGUGCCCAGUGAACGAGUGAGAAAGCUGGAGGUUGCCGCCAACGACGCUUUUGACGUUUACAGAGAGCUUUACUACGAAGGCGGAGUCGGCAGUGUCUACUUUUGGGAUCUGGACGAUGGCUUUGCUGGUGUGAUUCUCUUGAAGAAUGGGGUAACGCCUGGUGCAAAGAACUCAGGGGAAUGGGAUAGCAUCCAUGUUUUUGAAGCCACUGACCGCGCACGCAUGUCUCACUACAAGCUUACCAGCACGGUGAUCCUUCACUUGUCUAACGAGUCGGAGGCACUUGGGGAAAUGGAUCUCAGCGGCAACAUGACCCGACAGGUCGAGGUGGAUUUGCCGGUUGAGUCGGACGCAAGCCACGUCGCGAAUGUUGGCCGGUUGGUUGAGGAUAUGGAGUUAAAGAUGAGGAACUUGCUGCAGGAGGUCUACUUCGGCAAGGCUAAAGAUGUCGUGGGCGAGCUCAGGAGCCUUGCAUCACUGUCGGAGACGAACCGGGACAGGGCUACUCAGCAAGAGAUGAUUCGGUCUCUACAGCGGUAGCCGUAUAGCUUUUCUUUGCAGUUAUAGCGAUAUGUCGAUCUAUGUCUAUAUUUCUUACAGGUUUUCUCUUUUUGUGGAUCAGGCUCAGGUGCUUGUAUGUAAAUGGACUGUCCUGUCUACAAAGAUGAUUGUCUUCAGCGUGCUUCGCUUUACGUUUCUAGACACUCAGCAGG